CGUUUUUUCUUUUAAUGGUUUUUCCCCCUUCCCCCUUCUUCUACUCUCCCCCGUCUUUGUCUGUCUCUAUCCCUUCUCCAUAAGCAAGAGAUCUUCCGGGACCUCCCCGUCUCCAAGUAAGGAAUUCUUCUCCCUCCUGCAUUUCCACAUUACCGAUAGCAGUAUACCACCGCCUUUGAUUCUGUCGGCGGGGGAUUGCUUCCUCUUCUACAAAGUUCCGUGCUUGCUUGUUCAACUCCCCCAACUCUGUUGGUUGAUUGAUUCGCCAGCUAAAACCCUUCUCUGGGUCUGCAACUCUCUGCUAUUUUGCCUACUGGGUUGAGUCCCCUUUUUAUUUCCAGUUAGUGCAGAGAAGGUGAUCGGCGAAAUGCUUGUCUGAGAAAAGGUGGGAGGAGGAGUGUUUGUAUUUUUUCUUCUUCUUUCCUCUUUGAUUUGUUUUUGUCAGAGAUAGGGGAGCAGGGGAAACAAAAUGGGGAGGAGGAAGUUGAGGUUUAGCAACUUGUACUCUUUCUCAUGCUUCAAAUCACCAGCGACUGAUGAUCAUGCUCAAAUCGGGCGAAAGGGUUACUCCAGGGUGGUUUACUGCAACGACCCUGAUAAUCCAGACUCACUUCAGCUCAAUUACAAGGGGAAUUACGUCUCCACCACCAAAUACACGGCGGUCAACUUUAUUCCCAAGUCGUUGUUUGAGCAGUUUAGGCGGGUCGCCAACUUGUAUUUCCUCGUUGUGGCUUUCGUCUCCUUCAGUCCACUGGCUCCUUACAAGGCUGUCACUGUUCUUGCGCCUCUGCUUAUGGUGAUUGGAGUUACCAUGGUCAAGGAAGCCGUUGAAGAUUGGCGGAGAAGGAAACAGGAUGUAGAAGCUAACAAUAGGAAGGUGAAAGUGUUUGGAAAGAGUCAUACAUUUACAGAAACUAGAUGGAAGCAUCUCAAAGUUGGGGAUGUGGUUCAAGUUGAUAAGGAUGAGUAUUUUCCUGCUGAUCUUCUUCUGCUUUCUUCAUCCUAUGAAGAUGGAGUAUGUUAUGUGGAGACGAUGAAUCUCGAUGGAGAGACUAACUUAAAAUUGAAGCAUGCUCUGGAAGUCACUGCCUAUCUACAUGACGAAGAAUCUUUGAAGCGAUUCAAGGCCAUGAUCAAAUGUGAAGACCCGAAUGAAAAUCUCUACUCUUUCAUCGGGACAUUGCAUUACAACGGGAGUCAGUAUCCGCUCUCGCCGCAGCAGAUUCUCUUGAGAGAUUCGAAGCUCAAGAAUACUGAUUAUAUCUAUGGUGUUGUGAUUUUUACUGGCCAUGACACUAAAGUGAUGCAGAAUUCCGUGGAUCCUCCUUCAAAGAGGAGCAAAAUCGAGAGGAGAAUGGACAAGAUUAUUUAUAUCCUUUUCAGCACGCUAAUCGCUAUAUCUGGUGUUGGUUCUGUGAUUUUUGGGAUUGAGACCAGGAGAGAUUAUGAAGAUGGGAAGUAUAGAAGGUGGUAUCUUCGACCAGAUCAUACUACUUCGCUCUAUGAUCCUCAAAGGGCACCACUUGCUGCUUUCUUACAUUUCUUGACAGGACUCAUGUUGUAUGGGUACUUGAUACCAAUAUCGUUAUAUGUGUCGAUUGAGAUAGUGAAGGUCUUGCAGAGUGUUUUUAUCAAUCGAGAUCAAGAAAUGUAUGACGAGGAAUCGGACAGGCCAGCACGUGCUAGAACGUCUAAUUUGAAUGAAGAACUUGGUCAGGUUGAUACUGUGCUCUCUGACAAGACCGGUACUUUGACAUGUAACUCAAUGGAGUUUGUGAAAUGCUCGAUAGCUGGGAAUGCCUAUGGUCGGGGUAUGACAGAAGUAGAAAGAGCUCUCUUGCAAAGGAAAAGUGGGAAGCCAGUAGUAGAAGCUGACGAUUCAUGUAAUGAUUUGAAUGACAUGGGAAAGUCAGUGAAGGGGUUUAACUUCAGAGAUGAACGCUUAAUGAAGGGGUGUUGGAUUCACGAACAAGAUUCUGAUAGGAUACGGAUGUUCUUUCGAGCAUUGGCACUUUGCAACACGGCAGUUCCAGAGGAAGACAAAGAGUCACAUUGUGUUUUUUAUGAAGCUGAAUCACCAGAUGAAGCGGCAUUUGUUGUAGCUGCUAGGGAGAUGGGGUUUGAGUUGUAUGAAAGGACACAAAUGACGAUAUCACUGCAUGAGUUGGAUCCCGGGUCUGGUAGACGUGUUGAUAGAGUAUACAAGCUUCUUAAUGUUUUGGAAUUCAGCAGCUCACGGAAAAGAAUGUCUGUGGUUGUAAGGAGUAUGGAAAAUCAGCUCUUACUCCUAUCCAAGGGCGCAGACAGUGUAAUGUUUGAGAGGCUCUCGGAACAUGGGCGAGCUUUUGAAGCUGAGACCAAGGAGCACAUAAAAAGAUAUGCUGAGGCAGGUCUCCGAACCCUGGUAGUUGCAUAUCGUGUGCUUGAUGAAACUGAGUAUUGUAAUUGGGAAGCAGAAUUCACAAAAGCGAAAACAGCAGAAACUGCAGACCGUGAUGUGUUGGUGGAUGAACUAGCUGAUAAGAUUGAAAAUGGUUUAGUUCUGCUUGGUGCAACAGCUGUCGAGGACAAAUUGCAGAAAGGGGUUCCAGAGUGCAUUAACAAACUUUCACAGGCAGGGAUUAAUAUAUGGGUCCUAACUGGUGAUAAGAUGGAAACCGCGAUAAAUAUUGGUUAUGCUUGUAGUUUACUUAGACAAGGGAUGAAACAGAUCACCAUCACAUUAGACUUGCCAGAUAUUGAUGCAUUGGAGAAACGAGGGGACAAAGAGGGUGCUUCUAAGGCUUCUCUUGAAAGUGUAUCGAAGCAAAUAAACGAGGGAAAAUUCCAAAUGACUUCUGCUAAAGCAAGUUCAACGGAACUGAGUUUGGUUAUUGAUGGAAAGUCUUUGGGCUAUGCCCUCGACAAGAAGCUGGAGAUGUCCUUUUUGGAGCUUGCCCUCAGUUGCGCUUCUGUCAUAUGUUGUCGGUCUACUCCUAAACAUAAGGCUCUUGUCACAAGAUUGGUUAAAACAAGAACAGGUAAAAUGACGUUAGCUAUAGGCGAUGGGGCAAAUGAUGUCGGCAUGCUCCAGGAAGCUGACAUUGGAGUCGGCAUAAGUGGUGCUGAAGGAAUGCAGGCUGUGAUGGCAAGUGAUUAUGCAAUAGCACAGUUCCGUUUUCUUGAACGUUUGUUGCUAGUUCAUGGUCAUUGGUGCUACAGGAGAAUAGCCAUGAUGAUCUGUUACUUCUUCUACAAGAACAUUGCAUUCGGGUUUACAUUGUUCUGGUACGAGGCAUAUACAUCUUUCUCUGGCCAGCCUGCCUACAACGAUUGGUACAUGUCAUUCUACAAUGUCUUCUUCACUUCACUUCCGGUAAUCGCCCUUGGAGUUUUCGACCAGGAUGUCUCAGCCAGGCUCUGCCUUAAGGUACAAGCAAUUAUCAAGUUCCCUCUAUCAAUUAAUUCGUUGGCAUCCACCUCCAGUCUCUGCAAUCAUUGCGAGUUAAAUGCACUAUCCAGUACUAUACCAAGAAGGCGUCCAGAACAUCCUCUUCCGUUGGUCCCGAAUCCUUGGCUGGAUGUGCAACGGAGUCCUAACCUCCAUAAUCAUAUUCAUCUUCACCACAAACUCCAUGAUCAAGCAGGCACUCCGUGAAGACGGGCAAGUGACCGACUACGCCAUCCUCGGUGCGACCAUGUACACGUGCGUGGUGUGGGCCGUGAACUGCCAGAUGGCACUCUCCAUCAACUACUUCACCUGGAUCCAGCACUUCUUCAUCUGGGGGAGCAUCGGCUUCUGGUACAUAUUCCUCAUCAUGUACGGCUACGUCUCCCCAACCCUCUCCACGACGGCUUACAUGGUCCUCGUGGAGGCUUGCGUCCCAAGUCCUCUCUACUGGCUAGUCACGGUGCUCGUCGUGGUGUCAGCACUGGUGCCUUGCUUCGCGUACAGGGCGUUCCAGUCCAGGUUCCGGCCCAUGUACCACGACAUCAUACAGAUACGGCGAGCUGAAGGGUCAGAGGAGAUCGAAUCAGGUUCUUCUGUUUCGGGAGAGUUGCCUAGAGAUGUGAAGUGGAGAGUGCAGCAUUUGACAGAGGGGUUGAUAACUAGGAAGUCGUAGCUUUUGGUGGAAUCCCAGUUGUUGUUUUAGAAUUCUUUUGUCUGUUUGUUCAAGUUUUUCUAAAGGGUUACAGAGAGAGUAGAUAGGUUUGUUUAAGUUUCAACCUUUAGUUGAAUUCGUGGAUUAGCAGUAGGAGGAAAGGGAAGAGAGUAGAUUGUAAGUGUGCCCGUGUGGGAGGAGUGACAGGUUAUAGUCUUAUCCUCUGCAGCUUUGUAGAUAUGCGAGAGUGAGAGUUGUAAAGUUUCUAUGUGUAUAUAUGUCCAAUUCAGGCUUUACUUGGGUUAUAAGUUAUAACAUUGGAGCAUCCUCAAUUGUGAAUUACAGCAGAUUGGUCAUUUGAAAGAACUUGAAUGGCAGGUUCGUGAUUUGACUAAAUUACCGAAAUAAAAAAUUUACCGGACUCAAACCCUAGCCUUUGCCGCCGUCACCCUUCCAACUCUAUUCUCGCCGGUAAGCUGUUCCCUUUCUUCUAUUUUUGCUGUUCUUUCUCGUCUUGUGUCUCCGUCACGGCGAGGGGAGACUGGCUCAUCUUCUGCGUUGUCGCUUUGGCGUGGGCAUCGACCACUGUGCGUAAAUGGGUUGUAUUCAUUCUGUUCCCCAUUGCUAUGUUGUCCCAGAGCAAGUCUUCUCUAUGUCGAUCGCUUGAACGACGACGACGACGGCGGCUCAUCAAACAGAGUUGAUGAUGGUGAAGAUGACUUGGAUAAGC